AUAAAGCAAUGGAUGCAAUAAACUGAAUAUCAGUGUUGAUUGGCCACGCCGCGUCGCAUCAUCAAUUGACCUUUGACAUUCUAAAGUUGAGCUCAUCUUUGACGAAUAAAAAGCAAAAUACAGCGCAAAACAAUUAUUAUAUCCUCUUGUACAUUCAAUAACAGACAACAAUGUUGAAGAUUAAUAUUUUUGUGAUUUUCCUUGUGUUGCUAAAUGUGUUAUGGACUGUUCAAAGUAAUGACGAUUUUCUUUUCCCGGAUGACUUUGAAAAGCGUAAGAAAGACAUCGUUACAGACUUUGAAUCCCGAAACAAUAUGGCUGAAUCUGAUGAAACCACAAAUAUUAUCAUAGAAUCAAGAAGAUUCAUAACAAUGGAUUGUCGAAAAGGAUACAGAAAAAUCAAUGGGAAGUGCCGACCUAUAAAACCUAGACAUUAAACCGAAUCAUUCAAAUCCAGUAUUUUAGCUGUAAUAUUAUCUAGUAGGUUUCUACUAGGCGUACCAUGUAAAAGUGGUUAUAUAAGAAGUGGGGGUAGGUGUCGCAAGAUCAACUAUAUGAACUAAAUCUCUCAUCCGAUGUGAAUCCUUGCAACAUUUAACAUUUAAAUGAAAAUAGGAAUAUCUAGUUUUGUAGUGAGUGCAUUGUCCUCAUACAACCCGCUCCAUUUCGAUAACCUCUCACCAGUGUGACAUCAAUAAACAAAGCGGCGUUAGAAAAAUUGAAGCGUUUUUAAAGCGCUGUGGUUGUUGAUUUCAUGCCCAGAACGAAAAUGGCCUUCCAAGCAAUCGGUUUAGUACUCGUGUGUUUGAUCAUGGUCCUUUCUGCUGAAGGACAGUAUAAGUUACCGGUACCAUAUCAAACUCAACCAUAUCCACAAGCGUAUCAACCCAUAUAUCCAACGGGGUAUCAGCAACAGCAACCUUAUCAGUAUACUCAACAAUGGCCGUACCAGCAAGUGCCUAUACCUUAUCAACCGUAUCAGGGAUACCAACAACCGAAUUAUCCGAUUCUUAGAAACCCGCAGAUUUUAACUGGGGUUAGGACCUUACCAUAUGGAUAUAGAGUGGAACCUUUGUCUCCUCAAGAGCGGGAUGAGAAUGAUAUUAUUAGUGGUGUGCCAUAUUAUCAGACACAGUAUCAGAAUGUGAUACAGAGUCAGAAUUAUCAACCACCACCUACACCACAAGUUCAACCUCAACCAGAAUCUGAAUCUAAACCAGAAUUAUUACAACCAAAACAAAACAAUCAAGAUUUAACCUUAAAAAUGCCAGAAACAAGAAUUGAAUAUUCAAAACCUUCUUAUACUGUUGAAAUAGUAACAUCCUCACCAGCUGAAUAUGUGGUACAUGAAGAAAACACCAAUACUAAAUAUACUAACAACAAUAAUAAUAGUUUGGUGUUCCAUAAAGUGAAUAACAACGCAUUUAACACUACUGUUCGAAAAAUCUUCACUACAGAUGGUAGCAAAUCAGGUAUGAAGGUCUAUACCAUCAAUAUUGUCAAUGGAGUUGAGGUUACCACCACAGAAGACCCCAAUGCUAUUGGUAACAAUAACUUUAAUGGUAAUCCAAGUGACCAAACAGUAAAUAACUCAAAUGGUGCUAAUGCUGUUGAUACCGAACUUGAAGAAAACAAUAAAGAUGAUGAUGAUGAUGAUGAUGAUGCCGAUGAUAAUAAUGCAGAAGAAAAGAAACCGAAGGCUACUUUUUCGUGGUUCGCAUUAUAAAACAACACUUCUUGGAACAAUAUAUUUUGCUAGUAUGUAAAUAAAAUAAGAAUUAGUUAACGUCAACAUUAUAUCACUCAUGUCAUAUUAUUAAUAGAAAUAGAAAUAGUUUAAAUUGUUGUUUGCGGCUGAUAUAUAAGUAUAACUAUUGCGAUUGUUUGAUUACAUGAAAGUACGAGUAAAUACUUACAUGAAGUUAUUAUGAAGUUUGUUUUUGUUUUUUGUGGAGUUUUGAUGUUGUUUUUGGCAAUUAGUGGUGGAGAUGUUGAGAAAAAUGUGGAAACUACUACGAAAUUUUGUGUAAUUUGUGCUGUGGUAAAGUGAUUUUGGAAAUGCUAUUCGAAACCUCAACUUCAAGCAAGAAAAAGAAGAUUUUCGGUUAGUCAACACACUAACCGAGCAAUUUUACAAAAAUGAAUUUUUAGAGUUGUCAUGUCAUUUUAUUAACAGAAAUAGUUUAAAUUGUUUUUUACGACUGAUAUAUAUGACUAUACUAUUGCGGUUGUUUAAUUAAAAGCAAAAGUAAACACAUGGAGUCAAUAUGAAGUUCCUAUUUGUUUUUUGUGGUGCUUUUUUGAUGUUUUUGCCAAUUUUUGGCAGAGAUAUUGAGACAGAAAAAAAUACAGAAGUGACUUCCAAGUUGUCAAAUCAAAUUGUUGUAAUUGGUGCUCCAUCGGAUGAUUGCCCUCGUGGGCAACGUCUGGAUCAGAAUGGGAAGUGUGUGAAUGUUGAUAUACACUUAACCGGUUAAAUAUCAUUAAAACUACGCCAUUUCUAACAUCAACUUUAAGCAAGAAAACCAAUGAACUAACAACUUUAAAUACCACAGGAAAUUUUAAGUCUGUUUACAAACUAACACAGUAAUUCUUCGAAUAUAUAUUAUUAGUGUCCAAAGAAAAUAUUUACAAUUUUUACAUGUUAGAUAACGCCAUGUUAAUUUUAUUAAUAGAAAUAGUGUAAAUAGUGCUUUUGGCUCAUAUAUAAGCUAAACUGUAGCUAAUAUUUAAUCACAUACAAAAGAAAAUGCAUGGAGUCAGUAUGAAACAUUUUUUGGUUUUGUGGUUGUUAUUUUCCGCAACGGUGUGCAAAAAUAUUUCUGAAGUACAAAUUGGCUUGCUGCUAAACGAGGAACUGUUGUUGGAAUUAUCUAUCAAACCUGUGAUUGGUGCUCCAUCGGAUGAUUGUCCGAAUGGGGAAGGGUUGGAUCAGAAUGGGGAUUGUGUAAGGGUUGAUGUAGGGAAUGUUGUACAUGAAUAAAAGUGAUUUUGGAAAUGCUAUUCCUAACCUCAACUUCAAGCAAAAAAAAGAAGAUUUUCGGUUAGUAAACACACUAACCGAGCAAUUUUACAAAAAUGUAUUUAUAGAGUUGUUAGUUAUUAGUUAUCGUCAACAUUAAUAUCACUCAUGUCAUUUUAUUAACAGAAAUAGUUUAAAUUGUUGUUUACGACUGAUAUAUAAUAUAUAUGACUAUACUAUUGCGGUUGUUUAAUUAAAAGCAAAAGUAAACACAUGGAGUCAAUAUGAAGUUCCUAUUUGUUUUUUGUGGUGCUUUUUUGAUGUUUUUGCCAAUUUUUGGCAGAGAUUUUGAAACAGAAAAAAAUAUAGAAGUGACUUCCAAGUUGUCAUAUGAAAUUGUUGUAAUUGGUGCUCCAUCGGAUGAUUGCCCACGCGGGCAACGUCUGGAUCAGAAUGGGAAGUGUGUGAAUGUUGAUAUACACUUAACUGGUUAAAUAUCAUCAAAACUACGCCAUUCAUCUCUCAUUUCCCAACUUCAAGGACGAAAAUCAAUCAAAUAACAAUGCUAAAUCCCACAGUAAUUCUUCGAAUAUAUAUUAUCAGUGUCCAACGAAAAUAUUUACAAUUUUUACAUGUUAGAUAACGCCAUGUUAAUUUUAUUAAUAGAAAUAGUUUAAAUAGUGCUUUUGGCUCAUAUAUAAGCAAAACUAUAGCUAAUAUUUUAUCAAAUACAAAAGUAAAUACAUGGAGUCAAUAUGAAAUAUUUUUUGGUUUUGUGGUUGUUAUUUUCCGCAACCGUGUGCAAAAAUAUUUCUGAACUUCAAAUUGGCUUGCUGCUAAACGCGGAACUGUUGUCGGAAUUAAUAUUUCUCAAACCUGUGAUUGGUGCUCCAUCAGAUUGCCCGAAUGGACAAGAACAGGAUCAGAAUGGGAAUUGUAUAAAUGUUGAUAUAACUGGAUAAAUAAUACUUAAGAAAAUAUUUAAAUAUGUUUUAAGGUAAAUACAUGGUAUCAAUCAAUAUGAAAGGUUUUCUCUUUUUGUGUGGAGUUUUCUCGUUAGUAUCAUUCACGGUGAGUACACCAGUAGAGUCAACAACCACUGAUCCAUCAUGCGUCCCACCAGCAACAAAAUGCAAACCAGUUAUUGGCGCACCAUCAGAUUGUCCACUUGGUCAAGAUCAAGAUCAAAAUGGGAAUUGUAUUAAGAUUGAUUUAUGGGGUUAAUAAAGCCAAAUAUAUUACUAAGUACUCCAAAAUAAUGGAAACGUGCACUGAGUAAUCCCACUUUAAAUAUUGAUUGAUGAUGCCAUUCACUGAUAAAAAUAAUCUGGUUAUCAACAAUUACGUAAUCUUCUCACACAAAUGGAAUACCUACAAUUUGAGUGCACUUCUAUGUUCUAACUUUAGUCUCCUUCAACUCCAAUCACAGUAAACCUAAUAUUUUAAGCCGAAUUUUGUCAUAAACAUAAAACAAUAAAAAUGCAAUUUGAUAAUAAA